GUUGGCUCUGUGCUCUUCCCUGGAGCUGCCAGCUGCCUGGAAAACCCAGCCUCUUCAUGGAAAGCCCGGUGCAGUGGCGCUCUGGUGAUGGCAUCCGACAGUGACGUGAAGAUGCUGCUAAACUUCGUGAACCUGGCGUCCAGCGACAUCAAGGCGGCCCUGGACAAGUCUGCGCCCUGCCGCCGCUCGGUGGACCACCGCAAGUACCUGCAGAAGCAGCUCAAACGCUUCUCCCAGAAGUAUUCCCGGCUCCCGCGGGGACUCCCGGGCAGAGGGGCCGAGCCUCACCUGAAAAGGGGGCCCGAGGACCGGCCCGGGAGGCCGCUGCCCCUCGAAUCUGGCCACGGUUCCAGCCCCGGCGGGGGUGGGGGCUACAAGGAGAAGGCAUUGGGGAACCCGGACCGGGAGGAAAGCCUCUCUAAGGAGCGGACCCUCCAUGGGCCUGAUCCAGGAGCUGCCAGGCCUGGCCAGGUGCCCAUGAGGAAAAGACAGCUGCCUGCUUCCUUCUGGGAAGAGCCACGGCCCACCCACAGCUACCCCGUGGGGCUGGAGGGGGGACUGGGACCCCGGGAGGGACCUCCCUACGAGGGUAAGAAACACUGUAAAGGCUUGGAGCCCCUGGGGCCCGAGACUGCCCCGGUGCCCACCUCCCCCAGGGCCCCGGCUGAAAAGGAGCCACUCAAGAUGCCCGGGGUUUCCCUGGUGGGCCGCGUCAGUGCCUGGAGCUGCUGCCCCUUCCAGUACCAUGGACAGCCCAUCUACCCAAGCCCUCCAGGAGCCCUGCCCCAGAGCCCGAUGCCCAGCCUGGGCCUCUGGCGGAAAAGUGCAGCUUCCCCCGGCGAGCUGGCCCACUUCUGCAAGGACGCGGAGGGCCCGGGGCAGAAAGUGUACAGACCUGUGGUUCUGAAACCCAUCCCCACCAAGCCGGCCGUGCCCCCACCCAUCUUCAACGUCUUCGGCUACCUCUAGCCAGGUGGGGAGGGCCUUGGCUCCGUCCUCUGGCCUGCAGGGUAUAGGGGACCCCCAGGAGCGAGCGCUUCUCAUGAGGAGUGGGCUGGGUGAGAACCAUCCCUUUGCAUUGAGGGGAGGAGGGCAGGGCAGGAUGGGGCAGGGGCUUCUUCUCGGGCAGCCGUCCAGCCAGCCCGCACAGCCUCUGGAGGCCAGCCCCUCUGCAAGCAGGCCAGUGACCGACAGAUCACCCAUGUGCCCGUGCAGACCUCAGGUGGCUGGGGCCCUUGCCCUGGCCCUCCGGCCACCCCAGAAGCCAGCGUUACACCACCUGUUCACAUGCCACCCACUGUGUAAGCCAGUCUCAGUCUUGUUCUUCUUGUUCUUUGUAAAUACUAAGAAGGUUAAGAGAAUAAAGACAUUUCUUUUUCAGUUUC